CGCUCAAGUUGCGCAGCACCGGGAUUGCAGCCGAGGACACUCUCCGCUAGGGGCUCGGCGCCCCGAUCGGUCUCGGCAACUCUCCGAGGCACGAGGUGACACCCCCUAGGUUCCUUAGGCGUACGGAGCUCAAGAGAUUUCUUCAGGAUAAACUACGCGGCGGCCUCCUCGGGCUCCUUGCCCCGCCCCGGGUCUCCGCCCCCUCCCCUUGGCUAGGGAUCCUGGACUCGGCGGCGACCGCUUAAGAAGCUCGAGCAGCCUGGAUCGGGAGGCGGCUGGGGGCCACGGAGCCGCUGACCUUCGACUCUCACCGCCAUGUGACGCGGUCCUUCGGCCUGCUAUCCCAGUGCCAGCGCCCGCACCCUGCCGCGCUGCGCAUCAUGCUCCUGCCGGGACACCCGCGCCCGCCGCCCGCGCCCCAAUCCGCACAGAAUCCUGGCCUCCGCAGGCAGGUAGAGCCUCCCGGGCAGCUCCUGCGACUCUUUUACUGCACCGUCCUGGUGUGUUCCAAAGAGACCUCCGCGCUCACCGAUUUCUCUGGUUACUUAACCAAACUCCUGCAAAACCACACCGCCUAUGCCUGUGAUGGGGACUAUUUGAACCUACAGUGCCCUCGGCAUUCGACAAUAAGUGUCCAAUCGGCAUUUUAUGGGCAAGAUUACCAAAUGUGUAGUUCCCAGGAGCCCACCUCCCAGAGGGAAGACAACCUGACCUGUGUGGCCUCCACCACUUUGCAGAAGGUGCUGGAUGAAUGCCAGAACCAGCGGGCCUGCCACCUCCUGGUCAAUAGCCGCGUCUUUGGACCUGACCUUUGUCCAGGAAGCAGUAAAUACCUCCUGGUCUCCUUUAAAUGCCAACCUAAUGAAUUAAAAAACAAGACCGUGUGUGAAGACCAGGAGCUGAAGCUGCACUGUCACGAGUCCAAGUUCCUCAAUAUCUACUCUGCCACCUACGGCCGGAGGACCCAGCACCGGGACAUCUGUUCCUCAGAAGCUGAGCUGCUGCCCCCCUUUGACUGCCUGUCUUACACAGCGUUACAAGUCCUGUCCAGGAGGUGCUAUGGGAAGCAGAGAUGUAAGGUCCUCGUCGAUAACUACCACUUCGGGAGCCCCUGUCUUCCAGGAGUGAAAAAAUACCUCACUGUUGCCUAUGCCUGUGUUCCCAAGAACAUACUCACAGCGGUGGACCCAGCCGUUGCUAAUCUAAACCCUUCUCUGAAGAAAGAUGACGUAUAUGGUAUAAAAUUCGACCCAAGUGGAUCGAGGGUUGUGCGGAAAGAUGGUGUUAUUGUCAGCAACUCUCUGGCUGCGUUUGCUUACAUUCGAGCCCACCCCGAGAGAGCUGCCCUGCUGUUUGUGUCUAGUGUCUGCGUUGGCCUGGUCCUCACGCUGUGUGCCCUGGUCAUCAGAGUGUCCUGUGCCAAGGACUUCCAGCAGCUGGGACAGGGACGGGAGCAUCUGGUGCUAGCAAGCGACAAGGCCGAGGAGGACAGCGAGGAGGAGGCAGAAGAGGAGGCAUCCUCGGACUCCGAGUUUCCUGCGGAACUGUCCAGGUUUUGUAGGACUUCGUAUCCAGCCUACAGCUCCAUAGAGGCUGCUGAGCUGGCAGAAAGAAUUGAGCGCAGGGAGCAAAUCAUUCAAGAAAUAUGGCUGAACAGCGGCCUGGACUCCUCAAUCCCGAGGAACAUGGGCCACUUCUACUGAAAACCAGACACGUCUGGAUGAGAUCACACUUCCUGAAGAGGGAAGGAUCCAGAAUGCCCUAUCUCCCCACCCCCUCUUGUACCUUCUAUGAAGGAGAAUCUGUCAUGUCAUCCGAGACGGGUGAAGCCGGAAAGCUGCCAAAGGGACGUCUCUCUGUUUACAGCACCCCCGGAAUAAAUGAGG